AUGUCGGCACCAAGUGACGAAGCUGUAUCGGCCGGAUACACUGAGCUAAUUGCCUGCAACGGUAACUUUGGGGACAUGUUCUGGCCCGUCGAUGAAGCCGCAGAGGAUGGCGGAGGCUCGGUGGGAGUCGAGAAUGGUUCAGCUGGUCCGGACAACACAGAGAGCCAGGUGGAGGGUGGACAACACGGGGGUCAGACGGAGGGAUCCUACAGUAAUGGCAAACAAUGA